CUAAAAGAAAACACAUUGUAUUUGUAUGACUCCCAAGCCCAAACCAAACCCGUUCCAGUAGGAACUUUCCGGGUCGCCCCGAAAUCACGUCAAAAACCCUAAACCCUAGAAUCCAUAAUCCUUCGCAUUUCUGUUCUUCGAUUGUACCAAAAUACCGUAAAACCAGAAAUGCAAUUCAGUAAUCGGUUUGUACAUUCACUCAGAAGCACUAACCGGAAAUCCCAUGAGUAUGGGUUUUUCAUGCAAUUCAAAGCAUCAAUUUCAAGCCUGAAAGUGGCAUGGCGGAAGGACCCAAAGCUAGACCAAGCCAUUGAAAACGACAAGAAGUGGAAGCAGUGUGCAAGAGUUGUCAAAGAAGUGCUAAACGAGCCGGGUCAGGUAAUCCCUCUUCACUAUUUUGAGAAACGACGUGAAAGAUUGGGGUUGCAAGUAAAAAUCAAAACUUUUCUUGAUUGGAACCCCGGUUUGUUUGAUUUAUAUCUGGAUCGGGUCAGACCCAAAUCAGAACCGGUCUCAUUUGUUCGACCCAGUGAAAGACUAAGACUAUUCUUGGAAGAGGAGAGUAGGAUUUUUGUUAAAAAUGAAUCUUUAUUGGUUUCUAAAUUAUGUAAACUUUUGAUGAUGUCUAAAGAUAAGGUUGUAACUGCUGAUAAAUUAGUACAGGUGAAGAGGGAAUUCGGGUUCCCGAAUGAUCUUUUAGUAAAUUUAGUGCCAAAAUAUCCGGAAUAUUUUAACUUAAUUGGUGAACCUGGGGAGGGGAAAUCAUUCUUGCAGUUGGUUAAAUGGAACCCAGAAUUUGCGAAGUCGGUGAUUGAGCUAAGAGCUGAGGAGGAAUCGAGGUUAACAGGAAUCAGAACUAGGCCAGCAUUUAACUGGAAACUUCCACCGGGUUUUUUCAUUAGGAAGGAAGUGAGAGAGUGGAUUCGAGAUUGGAUGGAGCUACCUUAUGUAUCACCAUAUGAUGAUGUAUCGCAUUUGGAACAGUCUUCACGAGAGAUGGAGAAGAGGAAUGUGGGGGUUUUCCACGAGUUGCUAUCGCUUUCUCUUUAUAAGAGGAUUCCCAUUCCCAUUUUAGGCAAGUUUAGUGAUGAGUAUAUGUUCUCAAAUGCAUUCUCAAAUGUAUUUACUCGGCAUUCGGGGAUAUUCUAUACUUCGUUGAAGUGUGGGAUUAAAACUGCAAUGCUUAGGGAAGCAUACAAGGAUGGUGAGCUGAUAGAUCGAGACCCACUUCUUGAGAUCAAAGACAAAUUUCUUGAGUUACUUGCUGAGGGCCACAAACAGAAAGAUGAGCUCUUGAGAUUGCAGGGAGAGAUGGUUCAGAAGGACAUGGAAAUGAUGGCAGUCAGCAAUAAUGAUCUAGACUACCACAAAUGUGAAGAGGAAGAUGCUGUGCUUUGAUUGCUAACGUCAUCUUGAAAGGCAGGCUGGGUGUAUGUAUAAUUGCUAGUGAUGUCAGAAAAGGAGGCCUAGUAUGUAGUUUCGCAAGCCAAAGCCCGAUAUAAUUUCCUGGGUUUCUGUGAGGGGAUUUUGAUUUUGAAGAUGCUACAACUCAAAGAAGACUCUUUUUUAUAAAAGAAGCCAAAAGAUGCCUUGCAUAUGAUUCAGUUGUUUAUAUCAAGUCAUUCUUUUCUCCGCAAAAUUAUACUUGCCUCAGGAUCUGGGUUUUACCAUACUCUUGUGCAAACUCUUGUUAUAAUGGUGACUGCCGACUCACAAAGCAGAGAGUUCUGGGAAAUGUGCCACUGCUCAUUUUCAGUUAUAUUAUCAGAAUAAAUAUGAUCUAGUAGAUACUGUGUUGCUAAGCAACUGCAUCUUUUCAGAUUUUCGGGACAAUUUGUCGAGAAGCACAGCUUCACAAAUUUGUAUCAACAUUCUCAGUCUGAAAAUUUAUUGCUUCUUACGGUAAUCUAUGUUCGACCUGACAAUCUCCUCUUUUUCUUCGAGCUGACAACUAUUCACAUGGUUUGACACCAACUGUUACUGCAGUCGUUACAUUUUUAUAACCUUCUUUGGCAUGCAUCUCUUUCUUUCUCUCCACUCCCAUACCCUCACAUCUCUCAUUUUUAAGCUCGUUUGUUUCCCAUCCAUUAUCUUUAGAGCUGCACGAGUUGCUAUGGAUAUUAUGUAUGGGAUGAAAUGAUGAGAACUUAACCAUCUCUCUCCUUUUGCCCCAUGACGGAGGAUAAUACUGACAUAUCUUCAACUUACUCUCUUUUUCCUUUUUCUUGUUGAUCAGCUAUCUUCCAUUUACUACUAAGCCAAUAAUCAUUUUUGGACUUUCUGAUUUUAUCAAGUUCCGUUCCUGCCUCCUGGUCUGCCCAUAUUCAAAAAUUGAAAAAUCUAUCCAACCAAAAUAUAGCAGAUGGAGCUGGAUAUUUGUCCUAAAAGCCUUUUAGCAAUUGUUACUUUCAUCUGGUUCAUCGUGCAUGGUUCAGUGAAUAGUUGCAACUUGCAAACUGUUGAGAGCACCUAUGAAACCUAACAUAGCUUCUGAACUGAGAUUCUAUGUCUCCACAUCGGAACAGAAUGCUUCAAUGCCGAUUGGGGUCACCCACAGGACAAAUUCCAUCCAGUGUGUAGCCAGAGAUUAGAUUUGCUCUUUAUGCAACAAGUUGGAAGUUCCAAUAUUAUUCAGAAAAAAAAAACAUUUUGAGUGCAUUUUCCUCUUGCAGGCAUCGUCAAUUCAAUGUGGAUGGUUCCAUUGGAAGGGAGAAGUGAGCAUUGAUGAUGAAGAAUUCACAGUAAAUUAGAGUGUUGCCAAAUGGAGUAUGGUGUGCUGUUGCGAAUUUACCAAUAUAACAUGGUUUUGUGGACGAGGCAACCCUCGUAUAGACCCAGUGCAUAAUGAGAGAUGGUGAUGCCAGGAUCGUGGGACUAGAGAUAUCAUAUGAGGCAAUGAAAUCAUUGAUCAUAUACCAAAUUAGCACAAUUUUGACAAUAUGCACUAUUUGGAUCUCCUGGGAUUGUCAUAGCUGCCAGAAACUAUCACAUGAAACAGAGUCAUUUUUGUUUAUUCAACCCUUUCUUAUCACCAAGGCUUACAGUCUACUAGUGAUAUUGGCGGGAGUCUUCCACACAAUAAGUGUGAGUUUGAUUCUUGCUAUCGUCCUUCCCCUUUCAUUGAUUUCCCAUAGUAAUAGAAAUUCUUAUUGUAUUUGAGCAGUUGUUAGAAAUAAAACCCAGACCCUUCUCAUUGUGAAUGAUAUAUCUUAUAGUUUGCUUUGUCUU